AUGACAGCCACUGUUAAGAUCUACGACAUUGCUUCGAAAGUGCACACUAAGGGAUUCCAGGUAAGUAUUUCAUGGUAUGGGUUAACUUUAUCUUUGCUUUUUACAGUCGUUUAUUAUUUAGAUAGGGUUCUCAACUUGUUUUCUUUUGCAGCGGCAAGAAUAUGAAUGUAGCGUAGCAGAGCUUCUGACAGCCAUUGACUGGGAUAAAAAAGAUCGCGGUGUUGGGUUUUGGAACGACACAAUGGUGUUUUAUCAAGUGCUUCUGGAAAAGUUGGAAGUAGAAAUGGAGGUGACCGUUAAUGUAAACAAACUGUAGUUACGUUAUCUACUAAUUGACUGUAAAUAGAAUCAUAGAUCAAAGCGUUGGAAAUUAAGGCUUUCCCUUCCCAACCCACUUCUUCGGCUCCUUGGCCUUUUUUACAAAAUCAAAGUAAUUCUUGAAGCUGUAUCCCCAAAAAAGGGGAGCUUAAGGAAAGGUGAUUUGUUUAGCAACGCACUCCGUCAGGAAGUGAGGCCUUUGCCGGGCCUCAAACAUUUUUCGACGUAGCAAAUUAGUAUUGCUAACUGUUAUUAAUCCUGUAGAGGAGAUUGUUUGGAAACAUGGGCAGAGCCACUUUCAGUUGCAGCCCGUCGCUGAAAAUACGCCUCCGGUUAAGUUCACUAUCAAAAUGGGGCAUUGGAAGGGUGGGGCAACUUGACAAACGUUGACAAUGGCUGAACAGUGAUGCAUUACCAUUUUUAAUUAAAGGACCAGGAUGGGCUCUUUGAGGGGACGUGCAAGUCUUUCAAAGAAACGUAUUAUAGUCGUGUGCAUGACUCCGAUGCAGAUAAUGAAAAUGGGAACGUCUUCAUCUACAGUAUCCUUUUUCUCAACCACCAAAUAUUAAUCAAGAAAUAAAACUGUUUAUAAAAUCCUGUCGCUACGCUUGGUCAUCUAAAGCCGGCUUUUGGAUGGCGUCAUAGUUGGUAACGUACUGUUGUUUCGGUUUUGGAAUGAAAAAUUCAGUAACCGGUUUUUAUUAUAAAUGUGUCUUGAGUAGGCAAAAUAACGCAGCAUGCGGAUAUUAUUGCGUCUUCUUUUUUGGGAGAAUUAACUUAAAGCAUCCGGGCAGUGUAAAUUUGUUCAUUCCCUUCCAAGAUACAUGGAAACAAAAAGGACAAAUUAUUGUUCAAAUAACAGCAUUAAAUGAUUUUCUUAACUCAGUGUCCAGAGUCUCCGUGUAACUAUCUAAUCGUGCCGGCCAGUUGGGAGGAAGGAGACUCACUUACUCGUUUAUUGGAGGUCGUGCAGACAGGAGUCACCAAGGUAAGCAAAAGAUAUUCCGAUAUUCAUCCUAUUUGAAAUGUAGCCAAUGAAACUCGAUAAUCUGAGUAGUUCUUCAUGUGUUUAUACCUGACCUUUUUGCGACAUAGCCUACUCACGUUUUCAUUUCUGUUUUUCUUUUCUGCGUCAUAGGAUAUAGAGCUAUCAGCGGCACCACGAAGAGUGAUCAAGUAUAGAAGACUUGCAAACGUAUUUGCUAUUUGCCUGAACCGUACAGUUAACGUAAGAAAACCUGAAGUUGUAGUUAAAUUUUGACAUGCAUCAGCACAUAAUGUUUGGGUUACCAAACCUGACUUAAAAGAUUUGUGAAAACCAACCAUUAAAGUGCACUUUAUUUUUAAUUUUCUUGCAGGCUAAAGUUGACAUUCCAUUGACGUUAUCGGAGUUUUCCCUUUCUAAUCCUGGUGAAUUAAUGCCCCUUUACGGGUCCAGUGCCAAUAACGUGAUAUUGUGGGGAGCAAUAAGCCAUGAAUUGGGGCAUUACACCAGUAUUGUGAGGAUUACAGCGACUUCCCGCGAAUGGUUAGUGUCACACGUACGUUUAAUUCAUCGUACAUCUACCUGUCGUUUCUUUCAAUAUCAUUAUUUUCCCAUUCCCGACUACCAAUAAAAUCUGAAUAGGUUACAGUUUGACGGGGACCGAAAGCCAGUUGUUCUACAAUACCCAACGGUAGCAAUGUUAACGUCUUGACUUUAUUUUUUCACCUGGCUAUCUGUAUUUCGUAGCGGGCGUCCUAUAAAAUUACAGCAGGGGCCUCUGGUAAAGACAAGAAAGAUCCACCUGUUUACCACAUGGUGCUCAUGGGUAAUCCGGGAACUGGGAAAAUGACGAUAGGGAGGUUGAUGGCAGGUGUGUGAAUUCCCGAUUACUGGCAUCAGCCAAAUAACAGUUGCGCCCUCAAUAAGAGGGCAACCUCUUAUAAGCGGCCAGUGAUCAAAUUGUAGGAACGAAUGACUGGACUAAGAAGUUAUACACAUUUCAAGCCGCCACCUCCACUGAGCGACAGCGGCAACCGACAACGGGUUAUUCUAUUGUUGUCACCUCAAUUAACCAGUCGUACGUCUAGUUACGAAUAUGAUGAAGGAAAGUAUCGUCGUUAUAGAAGGUGACGGCCAAUUGUGGACCCGUAACACACCUUCCCUCGCGCACUUGUUUCAAAAUAAAGCGAAGUUUCUGCUGAUGAACCUCUAUCGACCGGCUAAUCUCUAUUAAGUGAUCACUUACAGGUACCCGGAGGGUGGCUGCUUAAUGGAGGUUAAAAUGUAUUUAUAUUUUUCUAGGCAUCUUGAAAGACCUGGGAAUUACCAAAACAUCAAAGUUGGUCGAAGUUCAACGACCCGAUCUUGUUGCCUCGUUUCUCGGGCAGACUGCCUCCAGACGAAAGUGUGUAUCGAGCGGGCAGAGGGCGGCGUACUUUUCGUAG